CGUCAUCGUCAGACAUAUUAUUAGCAAAGCAUUACUCAACGUUAACAAAAGAUUUAGACCUUUGAGCUGCCUGUGAAUAGCUAUAAUUAAUCUCGCGUAAUUAUUUCUUAAAGUCUUCUCUUUAGUUAAAUAUUUUCAAGUUUUUUUAUAUUGUACGUGUGGUAUGUGCAGAGCGUAGUAAGUAAUUACAUUUCUGCGUGAACAAGAAAUGCGAGAUUUUGAUCACAAACGAGGUAGACAAUUAGUUGACUGUGCUACUGAAGAAGAUACUGUUGUGGAAGAAAGCACUGUUUAAAUCCUGAAGUAGAAGUUGCUGGUUUAUUUUUAUCAAAAUUGUUGUACUUCUGUAAGAAGUUGUGAUUGAAUACUGAUACUUAAUUUUCUGAUUGUAGUAUCAGACAGCAGCAAAAGAAAAAAUGCCUUCUGAUACUGAAAGUAAUACUAGUUUCAAUAACACAAGUGUAAGAACAUUCAAAAUUUUUAUUGGAAAUUUAUCUGAAAAAACUACAUCUAAUGACAUUAGGCCAUUAUUUGAAAAAUAUGGAAAAGUUGUUGAGUGUGAUGUUAUGAAAAAUUUUGGUUUUGUUCAUAUGGAUGAUGAAAAUAAUGGUCGAGCUGCUAUUAAAGGUUUGAAUGGUACAAUGGUAAAUGAUUUAGCCAUGAAGGUAGAAGCGGCUACUAGUCGCAGAGGUCCUAAUACACCGACUACUAAAAUAUUUGUGGGCAAUUUGUCGGAAACUACUAAAGCUCCUGAAGUUCGUGAAUUAUUUUCCAGAUAUGGAACUGUUGUUGAAUGUGAUAUUGUUCGAACUUAUGGAUUUGUGCAUAUUGACUCAACUGAUGUAAGUAGGAUGAUCAAAGACUUAAAUGGACACAUGUUAGACGGUCAACCAAUUAAAGUUCAAAUUUCUAACAGUCGCGUACGGCAAAGACCAGGAAUGGGUAUGCCAGAACAAUGUUACAGGUGCGGCAAGGGUGGUCAUUGGUCUCGCGAGUGCAGCCGUGAAGGGUAUGGUUAUGGUAGGGAAGCUAUGCCACCACUUCCUCCACCUCGUGCUCUUUUAUAUCCUCCUCCACCCCCACCUUCAUUUGUUCGAGAUCGUUUAUUGAGUUCUUAUGGCACGGGUUUGAAAUCAGAUUUGACUAGGAUGGACGAUUAUUCAAUGUUGUCUCAUGCUGAUUUAGGAAGUCAUAUGUAUGAGGCUGAUGGUCUGUAUGAUCGUUACUAUGAUCGCGGAUUAAUGCGUUCAGCAGCUGAUGGAAGUUAUGGUAUGGAUAGACGUAUUCCUAGAAUGCCUUCUAGCCGUGAUUACUUACAAUCAUCUACACGUAUGGGUAGUACAAUGAGAGAUCCUGAUUAUGUUUUUACUCGUCGCUCGCCUUUAUCAAGUAGCCGUACAUCGUCUUCUCAUGCAUAUGAUGAUUUUUCUAGGGAUUCCUAUGAUGAUCGACGAGUGUCGGGAUCUCGCGGGUCGUCGCGUUACACGCCGUAUUAAAUGAUAUAUUCGUAUAAAUACUUCCGUGCCGUGGCCGUGUACUCGCGUCGUCAGAUCGGAUAACUGUACACACAACGUCGACCUACAACAUUUUUUAUUUUACAUUAAGACAAACAAUUGAAGACCUACAUUUAUAAAAUCUUGUAUAAGAUUAUUUGUCAGCAUACAUUUUUUUUUAGGUUAAUAGAUAAAUUCUUAGUGUCAAAAAUUAAUAUUUUUUUUUGUAUGAUUACUAUAAUUAUUAAUUAUUAUUAUUAUUUAGGAAUUAGUUUUAAUAAUGGUUAAGUUAUCUGGGACUAAGAUUAUAACCAAAUAAAAUAUACUGCAUUAUUUUGUAAAACUUAAAAAUAUUCUAAAAUUAUUUAGAAUUUUCAUUGACAUUGUGUUUUAGGUCUUCAACAAUCUUAACAAUUUAUUUUCUUAAGUUUCUGUUUAUCAUCGAGUUAUUACAAAUAGUUAGUGACUUAUGUAGAUUAUUAAUCUUUGUAGUCAAACAUUUUAUAAUUAAGUUAAUUUGUAUUAAUAAAAGUAAUAAUGAAACAUUUAAAUAUUGUAAGCCCAAACAAAUUUUAUGACAACAAAAACUUUGUAAUUUUCAUUGUAAUAAAUUAUAAUCGAAUGAAAAAUGACAAUUUUUUUGUAGUUCUUUUGUUCUCUUAUAUUAGUUAAGUGUUUUUUAGUUAUGAAUACUACAGCCGACCGAUCGAAUAGUUCGUCAAACGUGUUUCUUACACCGUUCGAUACGUGCGUCGUACUGAAGAAUAUUCGAGCGAAGCCGAUGCGUUUACGAUUCGUGUAAUAUACUCAUUCUUAGAAUAUUGUUAGUAGCAUGUUGCUGAAUGAUGAAUAAUUUGUCACAA